AUGAGUUAUAUGGAUAAGGUUAUAGUUGUGACUGGUGCUAGUUUAGGAAUAGGUGCCGCAGUUGCUCUUAAAUUCGCUAAAGAAGGAGCAAAGGUCGCUAUCGUUGGAAGGAAUUACCGAAAACUAGAUUAUGUGGAAAAUAUUAACUACAACUUAAAAUAUACAGUUUUGCACCUGGCAAGUGAUAAGGCAAAAAGUAUCACAGGCACAUAUUUUGUUAUUGACAAUGGAUUUCUACUUACAAUGCAAUAA